AUUGCUGCUUUAGCACCCAAUGGUUCGUCGUUUGCAAAUACUAAAUGCGUCAUCGCAGGAUGGGGCAGAACAUCAUAUGAUUCUAGUCAUGCAGCCAAUCUUAUAGAGGUUAAGGUACCGGUCAUUCCAAAUGCUCAAUGCAAGAUGAGAAAUUCUGGAAUUGGUGCCAAACACAUCUGUGUCUAUGACGCUUCAGUUGAAUCUGCCUUGAGGCCAAGUGCUUGCCAAGGUGACAGUGGUGGUCCGCUGAUGUGUGGCAGCAACUUCCAAUAUUUGGCUGGCAUCUUAUCCUUUGGCUCAGCAAAAUGUUAUGGUACAUACCCAACUGUGUACAUCCGGGUGUCAGACUAUCUAGACUGGAUUGCAAGUCAUUAA